UUGCUAACUGGUUACCUAGUUAUACACAUGCCGCAUUCAACGAGUUAGCAAGUCUGACAUUUCUGAGUUUAGUUCCGAAUAGCAUAUGAACUAGUCACAUUUUGCCUACCGAAUGUGACAGGCUAUUGUCGGCCUAUCUGAUGUUGGCCCAUACCUUUCUACAGAUGCUGCCAUAAUUCAUAAUUUCGCUAAUUAGUGAUUCGAUAAAUGGUCACAGUUAGCCUAAUUGUUUGUGUGGGGUGAUUGGCUCAUCUUCUGCUAUUCCGGGGUUCAUAAGAACACUGAUCACAUACCGCUGUUAUCAGCUUCCUUCCAAUCUAUCGCCACAUUGAUCAGUAUGACCUCUGAAUGUAGCGUCGCCAUCGAACAGGACAACGACGGUGUUGAGGACAAAGUUGUGGUGAAGAGAGACAGUGUGUUAACCACUGUAUUCUGUCGCCUGUCACAGUUUUGGCCUGUCAGACUAGCGAUGCGUGCUCUCCGUGGGUUUUGGUGGCUGUUGGGUUUCUCCCCUUCAGAUGAGGCUUUUGUUCCUCCAGAAGAGGAUGACAAUCCUAGUCCAGCCCGCCACUGUCUAGCAGGCCGCAAGCGUCUGCGUCGAGCCACACGCAUCCUGUUGGCCAUCCUGCCUCGCCGUCUGCAGAGCGCCCUGGGCUACCCUGUGUGCACCAGCAUCGGCUGUGCUGUAUCCCCAGAGGUGCUUUGCUCCCCCACUAAGCUCUGUGGGAAAGGCAACAAGAGGAAGCAGGAUGACAUUGAUGACGAUGAGGAGCAGCAGACCUGGGUCGAGGCACUCUCUCAGGAACUAGAGGAUGAGGAGCCUUCUGUUGAUCCUGACUAUGAGCUGAGUGCAGUGGAUACUGACAGUGAGGAGUAUAACUCUCAAAAUGACACAGAAAGUGACAUUGAUGUUUCAGGGAAGGUUGUGAUCGAUGACCUUAAAACGGUACAGAUUGUCUUUUUGCCUUGUUUGCAGAAUGUUCCUCAGACGGCAUAGUGGAAGGUGGCAUUUCAGGUACAUCUGGUGCGCCGCCUUCAGUUUUAUCACCACCUGUAAGCCUCCAGUGCCAGUAUUCACUUUUUGCUUGUUUGUAAUUUACUAAAUAAAACAUUCAUCUUUA